CGAUGAAGAUUCAGAGUUGCUUGUCCUUUGUAGAAUAAGUUUGUUGGAUCAGGAACAGAGAGAAUCGCUUCUGGGGAAAUCGAUUCUUAAGGAAAGACGAUGGCUUUGUCAGCAUUGAAUCAGCUCUAUCUUGCCCUCGCGGAUAAACCCGAUCAGGAGAAGAUAACGGCCGAAGAGAUGAGUGUCAUUGCCUCUUGCCAUCUCAAAGUCUUGUGGACCGCUGGGCUUGCCUCUGGUGUUGCAGGUGGUUUAGGUUGGCAAGUGGCGAAAAGGAUGAAAAUGCUGAAGCUUCCUCUUACUGUUUUGCCGGCUGUGGCGGCUUUUACUGCUGCUUGGGAUUGGUCAAACUCCACUACUGCUGUUUCAUGCCUUGAUAAUAUUCUUAAGCAAGAUGCUACACGCAUGCAGAGAGAGCUUGUCAAUGUGUUAGUCAAGUACAACAGAGGUGAAGCUUGGAGAUGGCAGCUUAUGUCCAAGCACUUCUACCCUGAAGCUGUUUACAACGAUCAAGGAGAGAAGCCUCAGAUGCGCUGGCGUAAGAGGAGAACUUUCACAGAACUUGCCGCUUCUUAUGAUGAUGAUGAUGUAAAUGAAGCUAAACCUCAGAGCACCAGCACUGGCUUACAAAACCCUCAUAACCGAAGCGUUUCCCAUGGAUCUGAUGCUUCAAAGACUAAACCAGGGGUCCAAAACAGCUCUGGAAAUUCGGAUGGCGAAAUGGUGGAUGAUGAAGAUGGUCUUGACAGUGUAUUUGGUGGACCAGAACCAACAGAGAGCGUUCCUGCUGCGCAGGUUAAUGCGAAAGCUGCUUCAAGCAAAGCGCAAACUCGCAAACAGAAGAGAGCUCAACGAAGACAGAGACGGAAAAACCGUGAAGAAGCUUCCAUUAAUAAUAGUACUCCUCAGUACGAACGUGCUUAGACGAGACAAAACAAGAAUGCUUGUUACUGCUUGAUGAUUAUCACGAUGAAUUUGUCUUGAGUUUUUGUAAGCUCCAUUAGCUUUAUAUACAUCCCAUUAGUCAUUUUAAAUCCCAUUUUCUGGAGAACUAUUAUGUAAUAAAAGUGUUGAGGCUUUUAAGAUCUUCAGGGUACCUUAUAUGAUAAGCAAGAUGAUUAUGU